UCCGAUAUUUAAUUAUCUUGUGGACUUAUUUGGUCAAGUGCACAGUUAGCUGACUAGUAACGCCAGGCAGCCCUUAUUUAAGGUUGUUAACAUACUUGCUAAAACUUGGCUGUGUUGCUAGCAUAGCGUGAGUUAUCUAACAUUAGCUCGCUGUCAUUAUCAGUGAAAGGAGUUCACUUAGCUAACAGUUGACAAAUAACUGACAACCCAUGCAGUGUAUGACAGCUCUAUGACAGUUUUACUUUCACCAGGUUUCACCAAUAAAUACCAACGUAUCUACAGCAGAAAGUAUGACAGAUGUUGAACUUCAGGUUGAGGUCCAGCUCAUGUCCAACUCACCAGCAGAACAACAUGCGUUGGGGGGCCUGCAGGAGGACUUCAGCGGCGAGGAGUCCGACUGCAUGGAGAGUCCUCAAAACACCGGAGAAGAGGCAGAGGAGCCGCUGUCGUCGUUGGUUGACGUUGCUCUGACGCCACCCUGUGGUGAUCGUGCGGCCUGCGGCUGUGAGUGUGAGGCCUGCAGCUGUGUGGAGGUCAGGUGUAUGGAGAGGAGCCUCCAGUCCAUGCAACUGCAGCUCCAGUUCCUCAUGAGAAAGGCAGAUGACUUACAGGACUGCCUUGUCAGUGGACAGGGUCACCUAGAGAGUGAGGGUCUGGCUGCUGAAGUGCCAAGUUUCUUGUACACCUGUCAGCCUUACUUUAACCACCUGGAAUCCACAACUAGGAGCACCAUGUGCCAACAUAUCUCUCUACCCUCUGACAUCUACACAAGGCGUGUGCAGCUGUUGGACUUCUCUCAGCAGCUGUGUGACAGGUUGGAGCAGCUGGUGUUGACGUACGCCAGCUACAGUCUCCUCUGUUUGGACGAGGCCGAGCCUAACAGUGUGUCUCACUUCUGCAUUGGUCAGAGUCAGCUUGGUCGCCUGAGGAUGACCACGUUCUUCUACUGUAAGCUGACGCCGUACCUGGCCCGGGUUGACACUGGCCUUUACAAACGUAUGCGCUGGAACGUGGAGAGACUCCGAGAUGAGCGUCAGCAGACAGAUGAAGAGCUGGGUGGAGAGAAUGAGACGAGGGAGGUAGUUGGCGACACAGAGUAUUACUUCCUGUGCUACGAGGAUAUUCCCAACACACACACAGACGCCAACAGGGAUAGCAAAGGUGUCUCCCACGCCGACGUGUUGAGGAUGUGGUCCAUCGGGCAGUGGGUGCAGGUGAACCCUGACCCCGACACAGAGGACAUCUAUGACUGGAUCAUGUGCGAGGUUCCUCAGGCCAAUUAUCACAGGCUGUUGUUUCUGGGCAGCGAUGAGCCGUCCAUCUGCAGUGCUACAGACGUCCUGCAGCAGCUGCUGUUGUCACACCAGACAACAGUGUGACGGCCCUGCAGGGAGGAGUAUGUGCACAUAUGACCUCUGUCUCUGCGAUACACUUAUUCUUGAUGGUCGAUAGGAAGAGACCGGACUAGUUGAGAUCUCUCAGGACGGUGCAGAUAAAUCUUCCAGCUAGUUGUUUAGCAAAUACGUUGAGCUUGUGAGAUUCAACGUUGAACAUCCGGUUUCAUGUGCGUCUCGACGUCAGAGCAGACCCAUUGCACCACUACACUGUAAAAUGUGACACUUUCAGCCGGAGUGAUGGGCUUUUGGCUUGUUUUCAUAACGUGCUCUGACCAGUAUUGUUUAAAAAAAAAAAAAAAAAAAGUUUUAUUGUCUUAUGCUGUAUACGAUGAUGAGUCUGUUGAAUGCUGAUGUUUGUUGCAUGUUAUUUUGUUCUGGGUUUUACAGUCAUAAGGUGUCAAAGGUUUUAAGAGUUUGUAAAAAUUGUUAAAAAAAAAUAAAUAAAUAAGCUUUU